AGAAUAAUAGACCCGGCGCCUUUUAUAAAGCUGUAAGCAGCUCCUCUGCGAUCAGAACUGGGAGCAGGGACCAUCCAGACGGUGGGGGCAGAUAGCGCCGGGGAUUGUUUGUUACCGUUUUAAUCCUAUUAAUUAAAACGUUAACCUGAUUGGGUAGAAAGCUCUGUCCCAAUAGGCGAAUCUUCUUCAUAAUAAUAACCUGCUUUGAGAUAAUGAUGUAAAAGACCCGUCUGUUGCUGCUGCUGUUGCGAAAUCUCGUGAAGGUGAAUCGAAGCAGGAUAAACGACAGAGCAGGGCUCUACAGUGAGAGCUGCCUACACAGAUUACUUGACAAGUAGAUCAGGCAUCAAGAUCAAGUUAUAAAAUAGAAACUUACAAAAGCUUUCAGAUACAUUUACAAAACUGUGGAAGGCGAGCUGAUCCAAAAGGACUAUGGAGAGGAGUAUGAACAUUAACGGAGCAGAAGGGGAAAUCUUCCACAAAACUGUAAGCGCAGUCUCAGGCAAAAAGAUGGACUCUUUCAGAUCACCCGCCGGUAUCGAUCUGCCGUCCAGGGAUCGCCAAUCACCGAACUGUUUCGAUCAGUCUGACUCUGACCCAAUCCAGCCAGGGGGAUUAGGAGGAGGUAGAGCAGGCUUGCUCGGUCUUCCUACUGGAUCUUUGUGUGUCAACUACGGGGAAAGUGGCAACAGGACUUCGGCAGCUGAAAGCAGCGGUGGGGAGCAAAGCCUAGACGAUGACAGCGACGAUCGGUGUGAUAUGGUACUAAUGAGUGAUCAGAUGACAUCGGUGUCAGGAAGCAAAGCUGGAGGUUCCGGCAAGAAACACAAAGAGCAGAAGGUACUAAGACUGAAUAUUAACGCCCGAGAGAGAAGGAGGAUGCACGACUUGAACGAUGCUUUGGACGAACUAAGAUCAGUGAUCCCUUACGCGCACAGCCCAUCUGUGAGAAAACUCUCCAAAAUCGCUACUUUGCUACUCGCCAAAAACUACAUCCUCAUGCAGGCACAGGCUUUGGAAGAAAUGCGAAGGCUGGUGGCUUACCUCAACCAAGGCCAGGCUAUCUCUGCAGCCUCCCUGCCAGCCACGACUGCCCUUAACCCGGGCUUGGGAGCCUAUGAACAGCCGACAGGGUACCCCUUCCCUGCCGGACUGGCAGCCGCGUCCUGCCCAGACAAAUGUGCCAUAUUCAACAACGUCACCUCCAGCCUCUGCAAACAGUGCACCGAUAAGCCUUAAAUGCAACAAAAUGAAAAUAAAAAACAGAAAAAAACCUAUACCACAGACAAACUUCAAGUUUGGAUAGCUAACCUGCUAUAAAUGAAUGAAUGAACAACGAAACUAAAAAGACUUUGUUGAGAACACAAUAAGAUCAACUACAAUGAAAAGGGGACUUUAAGGAACUAGGAUACCGAAAAAAAAAACCUUUUACAUUAAGUUAACCUUUCACAAGAAUGCACUUGAAAUGAGAGAACACACAAUACAUUUUUUUGUGUGGCUAUACUUGAUUUUGUAAAUAUAAAUUAUGCUCAAAGUUUCUGCCUGGUUGCAAGUGUAAAAUUAUUUUAAACAAACGUAUCCUUGUGCACUUUGUAACGACUAUUUGCAGUUAUUUUGACCCUGAAGGGACUAUUUAUUGUUUUAUUGACCUGACAACAUUAGCGUGAAUACCGGGAGAGAAAAAAAUACAUUGUUUUAUUAUUAUUACCAUUAUACUUAUAAAAUUGUAGGCAUUGUAAUUCUGGUGACCAGUUAUUAUGGGGUUGUACUGCUUUCAAAGCAUCACUAAACUCUGGAGUAAAGUUCUGAUAACCAUGUCUGAGUCGGUGUUUAAAAAUAACUGGAAGCAUAAUUAAUACAUGUUUGAAUGGUUGUGGUUAGUUUGGGGUUAAAUGUUUUGAAUACUGUUUUAAGUACAUGCUUUGCAAGUUUCCAAUUGAAGAUUAACUACAACGUCUAGUUUAAUUUGUCAUGUUUCUGCACAACUUUGUACUUCGAUUUGUCGGUAAAUAUAUAUUUUAAAACAGAUGCUAUAUUCCCAAAGCUAUGUUUUUAUGUUAAGGACCGUAUUUGUUCUUUGCAUGCAUUCAUUUCUUUCGGCAUCGAGCCUCUCUAGUACUGAAGUAACAUCAUCUUGUAUGAUCUGCAGUUUUAAACUCUUUUAGUCCGCUGCCUGCCAGUAGAACCUUUUGGAAGAAAUUGGUUGUCAGGUCAAGGGUACGUGGCAUAACAUAUAGUAGGUCAGAUUAUAACUGCAAAAGCGCCAUUUGUAUGUGUUUAUGUGUUGGAAAGCUUUAUUAAAAUAUUUUGAACAAAACCUAUUCAGUUAAGUGUGUUGUUUUACACAAUGGUUAUAUUUUGGUGUAAACAUACUAAAUAAAGUCGAAGA